AUGGCGUUUCUGUGUAUGAGUGCGGCGUGGGGCAAGCACGAAGGCAUUGGGGUUGAUGUCCAUGUUCACCGGAUCACGAAUCUCUGGGGCUGGCAUAAGACGAAGAACCCAGAGGAGACGCGCAUGGCGCUGGAGUCGUGGCUCCCCAAGGAUAAAUGGCAUGAAAUCAACAAGCUCCUGGUGGGAUUGGGCCAGACGGUGUGUUUGCCCGUGGGACGACGAUGUGGCGAGUGCGAUUUGGCCGGGACCAAGCUGUGCAAGAGCGAGAUCCGGGGUCUGGCGAAGAAGACGGCGAAGACGAGCAAGAAGGAAGAGGCAGAAGAGGAAAAUACCAGGAUGGAAGACCUCAUGCUCGACGACGCGGCCUUUGCGGCCUUCCUCGAUUGGGACAUGGCCAUUGUCGACCCUGACAAUCCACUGGAGGACCCUGACUAUAUCCCUGGCCCUUCAGCCAUGUGCAUUCAUGACAACGAGAGCAUUUCCGAUGUGGAUAUGGGAGAUUAUGCGGAACUCGUGGAGACGGAGAUCCGUGGUGCGCCCAGGGUCACCUUCCUCGACCUCCCCGAGGACAUCAAGAUCAAGAUUCUCGAGUACGCAGGUCUCCUCCAACCAGACCUCAUCGAUGUCUCCUUCGAGAACGUCAGAUUCAACCAAGGCCUGGUCAGCUACCGCCGACCCCCUCCAACUCGCAUGGCGAAAGGCCAGUUUCAUACGUACCUUCUUCCUCCCCGCCACGUGUGCCAGAAUUUAGAUCCUCUGCCUGUUGGAGUGUUCCUGGCUUCCAAGGCUGCUCGCGAGGAACUUGGCCGUCUGUUCUUCAGUCGGAAUCAAUUCAGUGUGUUACUCCACCACAAGUCAAACUACAAGAUCUUCUGCAACUCGUUCGGCUGGGGGCUCGAGCACUUGCGGUAUCUCUAUGUCGACCUGGGCCCGCGCGAACAUCGUUCUUUGAGGAUGGGCCCGGGUGUUCAUCGUACCGUCAUGCGACUGUGGGCCGACUUCUGCAAGAAGGCCGCGGAGAACAUGCCAAACCUUGUGGACUUUAGCCUCAAGUGCAGAGUCAAGGACCUCGAGGUCGCAACCAAGUUGAUCUCCGCUAUGGAUCCAUUCCCUCCUCUGGUCCGCUGCGCCAUUUGGCUCAACCACCAGCAGGAUGAUGACAUCUACCCUGUGGUCAGGCGAGCUGUUUGGCGACUGACCGACAACCUGGACAAGCCUUCCUUCCCUUUCUCCCGCCUUCCAAAGGAAGUCCAGCUCAUAAUCCUCGAGAAUCUCCUGGGAAAUAGUCACGAUCCGUAUAUUCAACCCCGCAAGGAUCUGAAAAACACUCAUGGGGUCGUGACCUUCCAGGAUCGCCGGCGUCAUAGAACCAGCAAUUUGUGUCUGACAUGCUGCGGGACCUGCUCCCCGAUGCGUGCCAUGUGUUUCUGUUCCACACGCCAAACCGCCUACUCCACCACCUGUUCCUGCUUUACCUCUCCGGUGAACUACUUCCUGGUCAGUCGUGGAUUCUACGAAGACGCUCGCCGAGUGUUCUUCUCACAGAACACUUUCGCUUUUGUGGACGGGAAUCCCGACAGCAUGAUGCGCAUUCUCCACUACAUUCCCACCGCCUCCUUCGCCUACAUGGGCCAUCUCACCUUCAAAUUCCCCUUUGCUUGGUGCGCGCGGUACACCAGGCCCGACGACGAAGUGCUGGUCUCGUGGGCUAUCCUCCGCCGCUUUAUCCGCGAACACUUUGACAUCUCGCGUCUUUCCGUCACCAUUGUGGACCUGAGCCAGAAGAACCCGUAUUCCACCGCAUCCCACCGGCUCAUGCGGACGCUGGUCAAGUCGUUCAGCGACCUACGCGGCCUGCGCGAUUUCCGCGUCUACCUCGCCAGCGACAGGGCUUUUGAAAAGGAGGCCGAAUCUGCCGUCAUGGGGCCCUGCGCCGACCGGUCCAUCAUCCGCAGUCUGCCAUUUAUCGGCGAGAAGCCGUCGCCUUCAUCUUCUACUAACUAG